GUACGAUAUUACCUACAGUCAUGGAUGAGUCACCAAUCGAUCUGGAGCUAAGGGAUCCCAAUUCCUUGAAUGCAAACGUGCAGGUCGCCUUUGAAGAUGUGCUAGGAGAACCAGAGGGAGCCCAUAGCAUCGACUGUGUCUGGAAAAACAGUUACAAAUGCUUUACAUGCGGAAAGAACUGUUGUUACAAGUUCAUGAGCACACUGUGUGGAAUAUGUAUCGCUCUGUACUGGGGAUGUGAGUUCGCCAUGAUCACAUUUGAGAUGGUGUGGUGUUGUACACCUGCUCUCAAAGUUCACUCCAUUUUUCUUGGAAUCUGUCAACGUUUCUUCGGAUCCUGCAUCCAGUGCUGUCUGGCUCCUGUUUGUGAAACACUCGGGUUGUGUUUCAGUAACAUUACUAUUACUAAGAAAUGAUCUCCAAAUUUGUAGCUGAAUUCGUACCUACUAAGGUUAACGAAAUAAGCAUUCCAAAAUUUUGCAACGAAUGUCCUACAAAGUUACUAUGCUGAUACGACCCUCCAAACUCUCUUGGACCGAUAAUUUAUUGUGAAACUGUUCAAUAAUACAGCACAUUGUUCAACAGUUUAACAGCAAAUGAGGUAACGCUAUUUAUUGAAUCUACAGGAUGAUUAGACCUACCAGUUUCUGGAGGACAUAUGACUAUCAGCAACGAUCCACCUAUGUGAAAAUUUGUGAUAUAUCGCAUGUACUUUGCUCAAAGUUUUGUAUCUCUACUAGAACUGUGGGAAUUUACCUCAUUUUACCCUUUUAAUAAAUUAUUUUAUCAUUUC